AUGGCGCAAUAUGCACAAAUCUUAUGGGAGGAAUAUAUUAAAAACAGGAAUAUAGGGGUGAAGCACCAGCAUGAUAAGGAUUUUAACAAACACUUUUGGAACAAUGUCACAGAAGUGUGGAAGAAAUUUAAAGAGCAUAUGCAAAAUACAGAACACGAUACAUUCAUAGAGCCCCUGUGUGAAAUGCAUCAAGAUGGGGAGCACGAGGCGGAAACAUUCAAUGAGAGCGACAAAUCUGUGUGCUGGCUAGCACUUAAAGCAUUAGGUUUUAAACAUGGAAUUAAAUUAGAUGUAACCACUACGGGGCCCGAGGACCUGGACAAUACAGCGGCAGAAGAUGGCGUCAUGCCAUAUAUGAAAUGUAUUUUAGUAAAUAUAUUCAUGAAGAGAAUAGUCGGCGAGAAAUGUUUAGACACUGCUGCUGGAAGGCAAGCAUUUCUCGCAGCGCAGGAUUUGGCAAGGCACGGACACAAGAAGGAGCCUAAUAUGGCAUGUGAGCAGGCGGACAGGAAGGACGGUACCAAGAAAAAAGGAGAAAACACCGCAGAUUGGAAUUUAUGGCCCAUAAUGGAGAGAUGGCUUGAGAGGAAUCGCGGAAACUUGAGAGAUGGGCAGGAGGGCGUAUUAGGGAAGGAAUGCACGGCAGAAAGAAACAAGAGUGCACUAGAAAUAAAGGAAGAAGCGACUAAAAAAAUUGAGGAACUGGGUAAAGACAUAGAAGAGGACAUACACAGUAUAUUGAAGGAAAUAAAUGAUGCGGGGGACAGUAGGAGUAUGGACGAUAUAUUGAAGAGGGUGAAGCAAGGCAAGGACUCCGCUUCGAAAACUCCACAAGAACACGGACAAUCACCGGGGGCACCACAGGCUACAUCGUCAUCAACAACAACAUCACAAGCACCGGGCAUGUCAGCAACCGGUAACGCAGGUAACGCGGGUGGCACCACCACACCCGCCCCGGCCAAACCGGCACCCGUCGACAACGGACGUAGUGCCACACCAGUAGCGGCGAAACCGGGACCCGCGGUGACACCGGGGGCGACGGCAUCAUCUGGUGGUGGUGGUCCGGUUGGUAAGGGUGCUGCCGCAGGAGGUCAGGGGCAGGGGAAGGCUGGAAAAGGAGAGGAUUGUGAUGCAGACAGAGCUCAGCAGCGGCCGCGUAACGCGGUGUACGUGGUGCCUCCUCCUAAUGAUAAACAAUGGAACAAGUGGAAGACAGUACUUAAGGCAUUUAAAGAAUAUAUGGAUGCAAACCAACACCUCGCGGAUGCCAUAGGGGCAAACUGCUAUAAUAGUGGUUGGAAUGAUUUCGGUGACGGGAAAGCGUACCAUAAGGACCAAACAGUAGCAGAUGUCGUACGGUGGAGAGUUAUGAGUGUUGCAUGGGGCUUUGCAAAUGGGUGGGGCACAAAAGACAACGCCACGCAGGACGGCGUGCACAUGAAUGCGGAAGAAGAGAAUAUGUUCAGGUGCGAAGUAGCAAAUAUAUUUGGACAUCUACUGAAGGAAAAGUAUUGCACCGGGCACCGAGGAUACAAGAGAGGUGUAGAGUAUUCCCGGAUAGUAUUCAAGAGUAUGAAGAGCGAGGGAGCAGGUGGAAUUGGAGUACUGGAUGGUCCUGUUAUACAAGGCAAGUGUACUGCGUGUGGGUAUGAAAAGCAUAACAGGUUGGCACACGCCAUAAAUUUGCCUGUCGUGGAGUGGUUCUUGCAGGAACGGCAACUAUUGGACGCCAUCCAGAAUAUAGAAGGGGGAGCGAACUGUAAUAAAAAGUGGAAGGAGUAUACAGCGGACAAGAUGAAGAUGGAUAACCCGAGAGAGCUGGAUGAAGAGAAAAUCACUGACAUAAAGCAAGACCAGGAGAAACUAAGGAUGCAAGCAACCAAGAACAUGGACGCAGUGAAGGACGCAUUAGAACAGAAAAUUCAAGAACUAGCAGCAACGAAGCCGGACGCACCCACACCACCAGCGGCCAAGCCGGCGGCUACCAAACCAGCAACCACAACACCGGUAGAAGCAGCACCCGCAGGCAGAUCAGAGGAAGCUGGGGACCCACCGCAGCCAUCACCAGCACCCGUCUCACCCCAGGCAGAACCCGCAGGGCAACCAGGGGAAGUAGGGGGCCAAGGACCAGGACCUGGACAACCACCCCCACCUCCACCACCACAGGACGGAUCACCGCCGGGGAACAAUAGUAGAAAGGAGCCACCAGCAUCCGCAGCCGGCACAUCGGGACCUAAGGUGGACGAGGAUGGAAACAAGCACAACCCAAAGGUAGACGCGCCGACACCAGGUGAGAAAGAGAGAAAAGUAGUUGAAAGCAAGACUGCUGAAACUCUACUUGGUACUGCAGUCAUAACAACUGAGAUCACCACCACAACCUAUGAUCCCACUGGUGGAGUUGGUAUGGAUACUAUUAAUAAGUUACUGCAGGAGCAAGAGAAGAAGGAGAAAAGAACUGAAGAAGCAAGCAAUGAGCCGACAAUGAGUGCAGUGGUACCUGACACUAAAAGCACAGAUAGCGCUGGUGAUUCUUCCAAAACGAAGGCUGCAGAUGGGGAAAGUAGAAAUACUGAAAACACAAAAGUUGAGGAUCAUCAACCAGGAAGUACCGGUGUUCAGGAUGCCGUCGUUGAUGGCGGCAACGAUGACCCCCCUCCUCCCAAUCCACCCAAACCAAAACCCAACCCGAACCCAAAUCAAUCGGGUAGUAGUGGCAGUUUCAGUGACGCUGAUUUGGCGGAUGGAGUUUCUGGUGGGGAAGGAAAAGGCGGAGGUGCCGAAGUUGGUGGUGGUGGCGGAGGAGGUACUAGUGGUGGUGGAGGGCCUGCCCUCACCCCUGCCACCCCUUCCGUUGCGCCCGGCCUCACAUGGGAAGAUGUCAAGCCGUACACCCCCGCGAUCAUUCCCGCGGUGGUUGGUAUUGGCGUCAUUGCGUUUUUCCUUUGGAAGGUGCUCAACGAAUGUGAAGUGGCCGCAUGCGAAAACGUCAAAGACGACUAUUUGCAAAUUGUCGUGGAGGAGUUUGCGCAGCAUUUGAUGCGGGACGGAAAGGGGUAUAGUAGUUCCUUGGAUGCUCCUAUCACAAACCAGGAUUUAUCAGGGAACAAUGUUGCAUCCACCCUCGAUCCACCCACUGACACCGCUGUAACGGAUGCAUGCCCAUUGAAUGACCCCGAUACAUGGAGUUGUAUGGAAACCAUACAGUUAGAACAAGAAGAGACUCCUUUUCUCCUUCCAUCCCCUUACCCGGGGAAUUAA